CCCAAUUGUUAUCGGAGCAGUGCCCGUUGUGAAACAGUCAGGCACACAGGAAGGAGCGCAUUGCUGCGGAUUAUGUCGAGAUAACGUCCCGAUGUAGAAAAUAUUAUUCACAAUAAUAACGACAAACUAUGAAAGUUAACUUCUGUAGUGAUGAUGGUAUUGAAUAGAGAAAUGAAAUAAGUGACAGUGUUGAUGAGGUUUCGAGUAGUGUACCUUUAGAAGAAUAUGAAGACAUGGCUAAUACAAGUAAAAAGAAAUUGGGAGACGUUGCGCCUGUGGCGUGUUGUAAACUUUCGUUAUUGGCAACUGUUUGUGCGAUUAUAUCUUUAGUAGUACAGAUUUUUAAUAUAGGGUUUGUAGAUUCAAAUACUUGUUUAGAUCGUAGAAACAGAGAUGCCAUUAGAAAUGUACUGGAAAAUGAACUCGAGGAAAAGUUAGAAACGUAUUUAUCAGAUGUCACUGGUCUUUCGUCGCACAGGAUCAAAAGGGAAGCUAUGUUGAAACCUUCGGCGAUCCAAGAGGACAAUGCGGUAACACCCCAUGUAGAAUUUUUCAACCCCAAAAUGCGGCCUGAGUUGGAAGAGAAAGAUGAAGCUGAAAUGCGAAGGACGGGUGCCAAAGGACCUGCCCCUGGGGGUGAUACUUGGGUGUGGCUCACCAGCUAUUCUAGGGUUCCAUAUAAGGUAGUGCAAGGGUUCUGCAAAGCAACGCAAGACUACUGCCCACCUGGAGUUCAAGGACCAAAGGGACCGAAUGGUUCUCCUGGACCCAAAGGAGAUAGGGGCGAACCGGGAGCUCCAGGAACUCCGGGGCACUCGGGAUCAAGAGGGCCAGUAGGACCACCAGGACCGAAAGGUGAACGUGGUUUUCCUGGUAACGCUGGCUUGGACGGCAGAGACGGUGUCCCAGGUGAACCUGGUUUGGACGGUGUCUCAGGAAGGAAUGGAGCGGAUGGUGCUCCGGGUAAAGACGGUCGUGACGGCAUUCCCGGAAAGGAUGGCAGCCCGGGCAAAAAUGGGAAGGAUGGUAAAGAUGGGAGAGCAGGCGCUCCAGGGCCAUCCGGUAUAAGAGGACCUAAAGGCGACCGAGGACCAGUAGGACCGAAGGGUCAGCGGGGCAACGACGGAAGGGACGGGUCCCCUGGUCGUCCGGGACUCUCCAUUUACAACUACACCAAAGAGAAGGAACUGUUCAUACCCCCCACUUUUGCACAGGACCACACUAGAGUGAUAGUCCGGGAAGGUGAUACCCUCCGGAUCAGCUGCAACCCGAUGGGGAAGCCCGAGCCCACGGUGGAAUGGAGACGAGCCGAUGGCACAGCUGUCAUACAGGGUUCAUGGCGGGACGCGUCAGUGAGCGGCCAACUCCUCAACAUCCCGAACGUGUCUCGCUGGCACACUGGCAAGUACGUGUGCCUAGCCAACAACGGCAUGCUGCCAUCCGCGAACCAGACCACCGAUGUUGAAGUACACUUUAGUCCUUACAUCCGCGUGCCGAAUAAUGUCGUCUACGUGUACAACAAAACUGCAAAAAUCGAGUGUGAAGUGCAAGCAUGGCCCGAACCAGUAUUAGCGUGGCAAAGUAACGACAUCACACUGGAAGGCCCUCGGUACCGCACCGAGGUUGCUACCACAGCGGAUCCUUGGCGAUGGAUCAUGCGGCUGGAGGUACCAGGCGUCAGAGACCACGACCUUCGACAGUACAGCUGCGUGGCGAAGAACGAGUUAAACAAUCAGACUGUCAUGGGACACAUCAAACUGGCUUACCCAGGCCCCAAUCAUCAUAUGACCGCCCAGCAGCCGAUGGAGUUCGGUUCCCGUCCGCCCCUCCUCACAUCGUACGAAGAACUGUGUCAGGUGCAACGCUGCCCCUCGUGCCCGCGCUGCGACCGCGCGCAACUGCUCAUCACGCCCAUCAACGGCACCGCUGGUCAUAAGCCCAGGAGGAAUACCAAUUGUCAGCUCUACGCGAUAGGAAAACCGGUAUAUCACCGAUACAAGGAAGAGCUUUUUGGCGCUUGGUUAAGAGACUCCGAUGCCAGCGAUAGCCAGAGAGAAAAGCUGUGGACCACGCAGGAGAAUGACAUAGAACGACUGCGGGAGUACAAAAGCAAGACUUCAUUCAAAGCAGAUCACGUCGACGAGUUCCACAAGCUACAGAAACCUUUCUAUGGCAAUGGUCACAUCGUGUACGGUGGGUCGUUCUUCUACCAGGCGAACGAGUCGGGACACCCGGGCGAGAUCAUCCGGUACGAUCUCACGCAGAGCCGCAUCAAGUCCGUGCACCUGCCGCACGCUGCCGGCCGGCUAUACUCCUCGCAGCACAACCAGGUUGAUUUCAGUGCGGACGACAACGGGCUUUGGGCAAUCUAUUCCAUCGAAAAUUCCAACAACACUGCCGUAGCUAAGCUCAGCUUCGACCCGACCAAAGAUGGCCUGAACAUCGACUACAUAUGGAAUAUUUCACUUAAUCAUAAACAGGUCGGAGAGAUGUUUAUCGUGUGCGGUGUUUUAUACGCACUGGACUCGGCGACAGAGCGUGAAAGCAAGGUGUCUACCGCCAUCGACCUGUACCUCAACAAGCAGCUGGAGAUAUCCCUGCAAUUCACCAACCCGUUCAGAAAGACCACGCAACUCGGUUACGAUCACACGCAUAAGGAACUCUAUUCAUGGGAUAGAGGCAACCAGCUGACUUAUCCGGUGCGCUACAACGAGCUGCCUGGACCAUGACAAAUAUUUCGGUCUACUACAGGUCGCGGCACGUAACUCUGGUGCUAAACAAAACGCGGAGGGGA